AUGCCACUCCCUGCAGCAGACGACCAGAAUCCCCUCCGCAAUCACUACAAGCAUCUCCCUGUCAAUGGCGUCAAAACUCCCCGCCCCCGUCCCUCCUCGCCAUCCCCCGCAGCCGCGGCAGAAGCAAACGCAAACAACAACGCAGCAGCCACCAGCUCCGAUAGCGAUGAGCCUGCCCCCCAGGCCGCUGAAGAUGAAGCCGGUGACGUGGUCGGUGUUAGUAUGAGUCGUGUCCAAACUCGCAUGAAGGCACGGAGUACGCCUGCGGAGGAAAAGAAUCGGAUUAUGGAGCGGGAUGGGGGGUAUUUUGCGGUGCCAAAUCUGGUGCAUUCGGAUGGGCUGUACUUGUCGGAUAUCACUGCUGAGCCGGAGUCGGUGGAGGAGAAGUCGCCGAGUAGGUCGUCGACGACUAUUCCGGAUCGGAGUCCCCAGCAGCAGCAGCAGCAGCAGCAGCAACCGAGGCAUCGGAAACAGGACUCUGAGCCGGUACAGGCGGUACAGAGUCAAGGGAAAGAGGUGACAUAUUCGGAUGAUACACGGUUACCCAAGGAUAAUGGCGGUUCUCGGACGAGCUUUACUCGUUCGAUUCUGGGUAAUCUGCCCAAACGUCCUCGGGCGCUCUCGGGCGAUGCCAUUGCGAAUCUGAACUUUAGGAAGUUCCUGCCGGACCUGGGUUCGUUGACUCGUCGGUCGUCGCUUUCGUUUCGUUCGAAUUCAUCCGCGCAGAAUACUCGUCCUCGCAGUCAGAUUAUCGCGGCAAAACCACCUCCGUCGGUCGGUCUGGCCCCUCAGCAGCGGCUCACAGAGCUACCACCGCCAGAGGCCAUAGUGUCGCAAAGGAGAAAGUCUGAGUCUAAUAUGAAUGGAGGUGUGGAUAGUGCAGGCGAUGAGCCAAUUUCCGAUCUACAGUCACUCCGUAACUCGACGGCUGCGAAGCAUUCCUUUACCCGUCGGCCAAGUGCAGGUGGUCCUGGGGCACCGCCACUGCUGAGGAGAACUUCUUCAGAUCACUCGUUGUAUUUGCGAGCUUCGUCAACGGUCUCGUCUCUUGAUCAUCGUCCACAGUUUGAGCAUAUACACACGCAGGUCAACAGUCGGUUCAAGGCUAUCAAGGAUAGUUUGCAGGACUCGAGUAGUCGACUGCUCAGCAUGCCGUCGUUCAACCUGCACGAUAUCCGGGCUGAUUGGGGGUAUAAGCCUUUUUUCCAAGACGUCUCCUACCGCAAGGGCCAUGAGUAUUCUGUGGAGGCGGAUUCAUCUUCAUUUGCGCACGAGGAACACGCUCGCCAGCAGCGUGCCAAUUCUCAGUACAAUACAUACCCUGCGCUAACCGAGGCUAUGAAAGAACUGACCGGUGAUGUUGUCGUUAUGGGCGGCUACCGAGGUUCGAUACUGCGCUCUGCCAAACCGCCGCAUCGCCAGUUAUGGGUACCGAUGAAGGUCGGGCUGAACCUGCGCAAGGUGGAUCUCGAGGUGGGUUUCAACCCAGAGGAUGAGGAGACAAUGGAAGAGCGUGUCAUUCCAUCCGGUAUUCUCUCGCAUGUCGGCCCAGUAGACAUCUGUCGUCGGUUGAUCAAGCGACUGCAAAAGUGCGACAACUCACUCAAAGGCGACCUUCGCGUCCAGGACUUUGGUUACGACUGGCGUCUAAGUCCGCACCUUCUCUCGCAGAAACUGAUCAAGCAUCUCGAAGGCCUUCCAUGCAAUGCACCAGACGUCCCGCGGGAAAACCGCGGGGCCUACGUCAUAGCGCACAGUCUUGGGGGCCUAAUCGCCCGGCAUGCCGUGAACCAGCGGCCCGAGCUCUUUGCGGGGGUUGUUUAUGCGGGUGUUCCGCAGCACUGCGUCAAUAUCCUUGGCCCGCUGCGCAACGGCGAUGAAGUCUUGUUGAGUUCGCGAGUGCUCACAGCACAAGUCAACUUUAGUUUCCGGACGAGCUUUGCGUUGCUUCCGGAGGAUGGACAUUGCUUUAUUGAUAAACGGACUAAGGAGGAAUAUCCCGUGGACUUUUUCUCGCCGCAGGCUUGGGAUGAGUAUCGUCUGUCGCCGUGUAUCAAUUUCGCUCUCCCGCCUACGGGCAGGAAUUUGAUGGAUAACCUGCCAUUACUGGCAAAGCGACUCAGCAUGCGCAACGGCAGCUUCCCAGAGGAGCCGGACUCCGCGCAGGAGUACCAAUCAGACAUGUCCUCCUCAACAGACAUGCUCCAGCAACAACAGUCCCAACAGCUAUCCCAGCCUCAACAACCACAACCUCAACCCCAGUCGCAGCAGCAACAACCACACUCCCGACCACCAUCGCAAGCCUACGAAACCCACCAACCAGACCUCACCCCCAGCAUCCACCACCACCCACCCCGCUACGCCGCCGCAAACCCCCAACACGACCACCAAAACAAACCCUCCGCCAUAAAACCUGCCCUAGGCGGCCUUGUCGGCCCAACCGCACACCCGCGCGGCGCCGCGCAACCCAAAACCGCCGCGACAACGAACAUCCCGCGCGGGCUGGCGAUGAGUUAUCUCGAGCGCACUCUGGCAGAUGUCCGUCGUUUCAAGGAAGAACUCGUGUAUAAAGAAUCACACCAGACAGAGAACAGAUACCCACCGUUUUCUGUGAUUUUCGGAAAAUCCGUUCCUACGGUUUACGGGGCGCGAGUUGAGUCCCGUGAGCAGAUUAAGCGGCAAGAUGCGUAUGAUGAUCUUGCGUUUGCGGCAGGUGACGGUGUUUGUCUUGCUAGUGCGGCGAUGCUACCGCCCGGGUAUCGCGUUAUCAAGGAUGGUAUGGUGAAGACGGAUCGCGGACAUGUGGGGUUGAUGGGUGAUUUGGAGGGGAUGGGACAGUGUUUGUUGGCGCUGGUUCGGGGGAGGAAGAUGGGUGUUGGGCUGGGAGUGCCGGAGUCCAAGGAGAAGGUGGAGGGUACAUAUAUGCCUAAUGACUCGAACACUACUCCUGUGCCUGCAGCUGAGGCUGGAACCGAACAUGGGAGUAAGGGCGAGGCCGAGCAUGAACAUAAAACAACGGAGGGAACUGCUAAGGCAGACCAUGUCCAUCCUAUACCGGUUUAA